GGGCGUGGCCGCCCGGCUCGCGCGCGUGCAGUGUGCACGCCGGCCUCGCUCCUUCCUGCUCUUCCUAGGGUGAUCAGCUGGUCUGCGCUCCCCUGACGUGGGCCGGGGCACGUCACCGCCGAAUGGCAGCCUCCAGAAAGGCACCGCGAGUAAGGGCGAAUCACCAGGAUUUUCAGCUGAAAAAUUUAAGAAUAAUUGAGCCUAACGAGGUGACACACUCAGGAGACCCAGGUGUGGAAAGAGAGGGCGGAAUGGCUCCAAAGGUCACUUCUGAGCUGCUUCGGCAGCUGAGACAAGCCAUGAGGAACACGGAAUAUGUGGCCGAACCGAUCCAGGCCUACAUCAUCCCGUCGGGAGAUGCCCACCAGAGCGAGUACAUUGCUCCGUGUGACUGUCGGCGGGCCUUCGUCUCUGGAUUUGACGGCUCUGCGGGCACGGCCAUUGUCACGGAAGAGCACGCGGCCAUGUGGACUGACGGACGCUACUUUCUCCAGGCGGCCAAGCAGAUGGACAGCAACUGGACGCUCAUGAAGAUGGGUCUGAAGGACACACCAACUCAGGAAGACUGGCUGGUGAGUGUACUUCCUGAAGGAUCCAAGGUUGGUGUGGACCCACUGAUCAUUCCUACAGAUUACUGGAAGAAGAUGGCCAAGGUUCUGAGAAGUGCAGGCCACCACCUUAUUCCCGUCAAGGAGAACCUGGUGGACAAAAUCUGGACAGACCGCCCUGAGCGCCCGUGCAAGCCCCUCCUCACACUGGGCCUGGAUUACACAGGCAUCUCCUGGAAGGACAAGGUUGCGGACCUUCGGCUGAAAAUGGCUGAGAGGAACGUCGUGUGGUUUGUGGUCACUGCCCUGGAUGAGAUUGCAUGGCUGUUCAAUCUCCGAGGGUCAGAUGUGGAGCACAAUCCGGUGUUUUUCUCCUAUGCAGUCAUAGGAUUGGAGACGAUCAUGCUCUUCAUUGAUGGUGACCGCAUAGAUGCCCCCAGUGUGAAGGAGCACCUGCUGUUUGACUUGGGCCUGGAAGCUGAAUACAGAAUCCAGGUGCUUCCCUACAAGUCCAUCCUGAGCGAGCUCAAGGCGCUCUGUGCCAAUCUCUCCCCAAGGGAGAAGGUGUGGGUCAGCGACAAGGCCAGCUAUGCCGUGAGCGAGGCCAUCCCCAAGGACCAUCGAUGCUGUAUGCCUUACACUCCUAUCUGCAUCGCCAAAGCUGUGAAGAAUUCUGCCGAAUCAGAAGGCAUGAGGCGAGCCCACAUUAAAGAUGCUGUUGCCCUCUGUGAACUAUUCAACUGGCUAGAGAAAGAGGUGCCCAAAGGUGGCGUGACCGAGAUCUCAGCUGCUGACAAAGCCGAGGAAUUUCGCAGGCAACAGGCUGACUUCGUGGACCUGAGCUUCCCGACGAUUUCCAGUACGGGACCCAAUGGCGCCAUCAUUCACUACGCGCCAGUCCCUGAGACGAAUAGGACGUUGUCGCUAGAUGAAGUGUACCUGAUCGACUCGGGAGCCCAAUACAAGGAUGGCACGACAGAUGUGACACGGACCAUGCAUUUUGGGACCCCCACAGCCUAUGAGAAGGAAUGCUUCACAUAUGUCCUCAAGGGCCACAUAGCUGUGAGUGCAGCCGUUUUCCCGACUGGAACCAAAGGACACCUUCUUGACUCGUUCGCCCGCUCAGCUUUGUGGGAUUCUGGCCUGGAUUACCUGCACGGAACGGGACACGGUGUUGGAUCCUUUCUGAAUGUUCAUGAGGGUCCUUGUGGCAUCAGUUAUAAAACAUUCUCUGAUGAGCCCUUGGAGGCCGGCAUGAUAGUCACUGAUGGGACGAUGAGCGAGGCUGUCUGUCUCUGGAGCCAAGAAUGUGCCAUUCUGGAGCCAACAUGGAGCUUCCUCCCCCUGAUACCAGAGAGUCUCCUGGAAAUCACUGUCUUCUGCAGAAGCCAGAAGGAAACUCUGGAAUGAACUGGGAUCCGGAACUGGAAUUCCUGGGGUGCCAGGCAGGCCUCUGCCUGAUGAGAUUUGGGGCUCCUUGUCAUGAUGCUUCCUCUACGUCAGGGGGACACGUGCUGGGGGUGGGGGAGGUGCAGGGCCAGGGCCAGGGCCUGGAAACUGUAUUUUCAACAAAUGCUUCAGAUGAAUUCUGUCAGGUAAAGCUGAGGGGCCCGGUGGGUCAGGCCCCAUAGGCUCGUGAUUAGACAGGUCUGUUUCCUUCCGGAAGACAGGCACUUCACUUUCUCCCCUUCACCGUUACCAAGAGGUGCCAGGGCUAGGCUUUAACUAGAGACCCGUUCACUCCUCUUCUGUGGGUAGUGGUGGAGAUCGAAUAGUUGGAGGCAAGUGGCUUCCUCAGCCUGCAGGCUUCUGUUCUCUGCUUCCAUAUCGAAGUCACCAUCCUUGAGAGUGGCCUCUCCCCUCACUCCCAGAGGCCUUGCCAGGAGCAGAGACCAAGCACACUCUCAGGUGCCCUGGCCAUUCUGUACUAUGUAGAAUGGACAAACCUGUUAUCUGUCACCAGAUGGGACUGGCGGUUCGAGGGAGGACACAUGAUUAACUGUUAAAUAAAAGUGAUGUUGGGGACUUACACUCUAGUAGAUUCUGGAACCAAAAGCACUGAUGCCCCUUGUCUAGACACCGCCAUGCUCUGCUCCUACUGCUUCUCCAUCACAGUGGACGUUAGCCUGGGGACCUACUGCUUAGAGACCCUCGGCUUUUCCCGAAGGCAGCUGUUGACACAGUGGGGCAGCUCCAGGAUGGUGGCUUCAGCUGGGUUCAUUGUGCCUCCUGGGCCAACUGGAGAUGCCGACCAGCAAACCCUGUUUUGGUUCCCAGUCAAACACCUGGCCCUGGGGGGUGGUCAUGUCUGGUGGGAAUGACUUCAUGGUGUCUCUCUGUGGUAAGAGAGGAGUAAAAGAUUCUGUUUUCUUCCUUUUC